AUGGCUUCUACCAACUCCAAUGCUGGUGGUGUUGAAGGCAACAACUCCAAUGCUGAACUGGAAGCUUGUGUGCAGAAAAUUGACCUGAACAACAUGGAUGAGGAAAUGACUGAGAAGGAACCUGUUGUUGACUCCCCUGCAAGGGACCCUCCAGCUGCUGAAAAUUCCAAGGAGCAAGAAGGGGAGUCUCAGGAGGAUGACAUUGAGUUGGAAGGGGAGGAGGACAUUCUGCAUGCUGAAAUUGCUAAGCUGCAGGAUCAUGCUAUUGAGCACGAUACGCGCAUCCAGCAGCAGCAGUCACUCAUCACCAACCUCACGAGGGAGCUCUCUGACCAGGACGACAAAAUCAAGUACCUGGAAGUGGAGCUUAAAAACAUGAAACAUGACGUGCGCGAGCACGUUCAUCAGCUGGCGAGGCAGACCUCAAAGAUCAACGAGCUGCGCGAGGCCUUCACUGCCCUCCGAAGGGAGACCGUGUAUCGCCCUGCACCACGAGCGGACCCGCCUGCCAACUCCGCUAGCGGUCGCACCAACCCUUCUCGCUCUGGUGGUGCAGUGGGUGACCCUGGUCCUUCUACGCAGCGUGCUGUUGAGCCGAGCACGCAGGCUUUUGGCUCUCUGCCAAUCACCCUGCCGCCAUUCAUCCAUGGCAAAACGGACGUGGCUGCGUGGUUGUCGAUGAUGACCGACCUGUUCAAGGCGCACAAGGUCCAAGACGACGCUCGCGUCGUCGCUGCCACCACCGUGCUGGACCAGAAUGCACAGCGAGUGGUGUAUGGCAGCAAGAUCCAGGCUGAGGCGGAUAGGAAGCCGUUUGGGUGGGAGGAAUUCGCAUCUGCACUCAAGCAAGCUUUCCAGGUCCAGCCGACUCAGUUGGAGGUGCGCAGCCGCCUUGAGAAGCUGCAGUGCGGGAACCGCACAGUGCAGCAGUACGCCGUGGAGUUCGAGGAGAUCUGGGUGCUCCAGAAACCGGCGGAACAUAUGAGCGAAGGCGAAAAGAUCCAUCUGAUCUUCAGGGGGCUGCCUGAGCACCUCAAGAACAUGCAUAUGACGGAUGGGGCUGGGGAGGCAUGGAGGUCCUAUGAUCACCGGAAGGCAGCAGAGAACGCCUUAGAAGUGCGGGAACCACAAGAGGCCCUUCCAGCAGGGGCAGCAGGCUGA